UUUCGUGUUUUCGGGCAGCGAGGAACUUGUGCUUUACCCAGCAAAUAAAAUGACCGAGCUAGAGAAUAUCAACCCAAAUGUGUACAAAAAGUGCGAAGAUCGCAAACUAACUAUCGACGAUGAAAACGAGGAUGUGGUCGAUCCGUUCGAUGAGCGAGAGAUUUUUGAUCUAAUACGCAACAUCAACGAUCCGGAACAUCCGCUAACCCUGGAAGAGCUACACGUCCUGGAGCAGAGCCUGAUCACGGUGGAUAAUGAGAAAAAUAGUAUCGAUAUUUUAUUCACACCAACCAUUCCGCACUGCAGCAUGGCUACGCUGAUUGGGCUGUCGAUAAAGGUUAAACUUUUGCGCGCUCUUCCGCCCCGGUUCAAUGUGUCGGUAGAAAUCAAUCCUGGUACGCACGCAUCGGAGCAUGCCGUUAACAAGCAGCUUGCCGAUAAGGAGCGUGUGGCUGCGGCUCUUGAAAACACCCAUCUCAUGGAGGUCAUCAAUCAGUGUAUAUCUGCUCCGUUGAAAUAAAACGCCGCCGUAUGGUACGUU